UAGCAGCAGACAGAAGUUACCGUCUGCACAUACCAAUGACAGCAGCAACUGUGCAAAACACAGAAUACUACGACUUGCUGGGCGUCCUGCCGACCGCUUCAGCGACAGAAAUCAAAAAGGCAUAUCGGAAGCUUGCUGUGCAAUAUCAUCCCGACAAAAACCCCGAUGAUCCUCAGGCUGCAAGUGACAAGUUCCAAAAGAUAUCACAGGCGUACCAGGUGCUGAGUGACCCGGCACUGCGUGAACAGUACAAUGAGUUUGGUGCUGAACAUGCUGUCCCCGAGCAGGGCUUUGCCGACGCUUAUGAUUUUUUUGCGUCGCUGUUUGGAGGUGAACCGUUCAGACCAUGGAUUGGCGAAUUGGCCUUGCUGAAAGAGAUGCUGCGCAGCGACGACGAAAACACAUCGUCAACGGGUCCGACUCUUCGUGAUGGUGUGCAGCACCAACCGCUGAUGCUGGAAGACGCGGAGCCGACACCAUCGAUGCGCGAGCAAUUCAAUCAACACAAGAAAUAUGUUUCGCGGCAGCAAAAGGAGGAGGCCGCCCGUCGUGAAGAACAAAUCCUCGAGGAGCGUGAUCGUCGGGUAGACACGCUGACAGAGGAGUUGCGUGUAAAACUCGAUGAAUGGGUUCAGUCGGAACACACGCCUGAAGAUAUGGAACGUUUCCGGAAACGCUACGAAGAGGAAGCGCAAAAUCUUCGGGUGGAGUCCUUUGGCAUUGAAAUACUGCAGGCUAUUGGUUCUGUCUACGUCCAGAAAGCCACUACCUACCUUAAAUCGAAGAAGUUUGGGUUUGGCGGCUUUCUGAACCGUGUGAAGGAAAAAGGUGCUAUUGCAAAGGACACAUGGAACAUUAUAACAAGUGCCGUUGAUGCGAAGCUCGUAAUGGACGAAGUCGCAAAGCAAGAGCUACAGAACCCUGAGGGUUUGUCACCAGAAGCAAAGGCCGAGUUGGAUCGUCGUGUAACAAGCAAAGUUUUGGCAGCCAGUUGGCAAGGAACGCGCUACGAGAUUAUGAGCGUUUUGCGCGAAGUUUGUGGACGUUUGCUCAGCAAGAAACAGCCUGCCGACGUGCGUAUGGAGCGGGCUAAGGCCCUGUUAACCAUUGGCACCGUCUUUGCCAGUGUGCAUCCCGAUCCCGACGAUGAAAGUCGCAUCUUCGAAAACCUCGUGCUUGAAGGCAAACGGCGUAAAGCUGCCGCAAAGUCGGAAAAGGCAGAGAAAUCUGCAAAGUCCUCGACUGGCAGCCGGCGUCGCAACUUUUUCCGCUGGCGUCCUGGAGGCGACUCGAAGCGCCAUGCCGAUGCGAAAUUGGCAAAUCAAACUGCAGCCGAAACCUAAGAAUGCUUUUACAGUUUCCCCAUAUUGUCGCUUAGUCGGCUUUUAGCACAUGACAUCAUUUCAUUCGUUUUUUUAUACAUACCAACGCAUUUUUUAACGAUUCGCGUUUUUUUCCUACGGGAUACGGUGCACGAAUGUUUCGCAUGACCUUCCUCGUUUUCUUUUAAUGUUUUGUUUUUUUUUUCUUCUUCCUUCCGUCUUCAGCCUAUUCCCUUCGAGACAUUCUACGUUUUCGCUCGGCCAAAACGCGAUCCGUAUGCGAAGCGCCCGUAACACAUUCCAGGGCUUCUAGGACUUCUUGGCGAAAAUGCGUAAUACGCAUCUGAAGCUUAACAUGCAUUGGCUCUCCAUUCGUUCCGCUGUGGAAUACGGCGAAUAACAGUCGCAGCUCCUCCACUUGAUGGCUCGGCAACUUUCGCAUUACGGUCAGCAUAGCUUCUCGCGGCAAAACCCACAUUGCGUCUGGAUUUUCGCGAAAGCGACAGACAACAUCAAAGUGUCGGCGCAACUCGGGGACACCGGCAGCAAGGUUUGCCCGAAAGGCAUCCCGAUCAGCUUGUGUAAUGGUGAGUGUAAUACGUUUACGAGGCGGCCGUUUCCCCCGUCUUGGAGGAGCAAAUGUGCAUGGCCCUAAUAGCUCAGUGUGAAGCAAAAUGAGUUGUUCUGGUGUUCCCAAACCGCUCACAAUGCGUCGCAACGUCCGACGCAAAUUGGCGUCUUCGGAUGCGCGUUUCGCCAACCGUGCAAUUGCAUCUUCAGUAACUAGUGAUGCAGCAGAAGCUUCGUCGGGUGUUGGCGCCUCUGACGAAUGUCGAUCCUCAUCCAAAGAGGGCUGCGGGGUACCUUGGGCAGGUGUUGGUGCCGGCGGCUGUGGCUGUGGAGACGCUUGUGGCAUUUUUGGCGGCAGCUGCUGGGGUUGCGAUUGCGUCCCAGUGUUGCCCAUCAUCAUCAUUUUGUUCAUCCGGUCAUCUCCGUCUACUGGCUCUUGUUUCACCCAGACACCACCUGGUGUGGGGGUAACUGCAUUCGAGGGCGGGUCAUGUGGGCGAAGUGGGGUAUCUCGCGGGGGUUGUAGUGGGGCUCUCCAGUCGCCGUAAGAAACGAAGAAAAGCUCAGUCUCUGGGAACAGCAACGGACCCAUGCAUAGCGUUGCCGUUCCCAGUGGUUUCAUCCGCGCUCGUAGCUUUCCCUGUGAGAGUUGGUAAUUUAUAGCGGGAUCGAAUCUCUCAAGAAAUGCGCCUCGAACACACGACAGUCGAGCUUCUCUCAAAGCAAUAAGAAAUGCACUACUUUGUGUUAGUCAAUCUGUAGGUUCAGCAUUUAGGAAUGAUUCUGUGCCGGCACUAAACAGUAGUUGGGACUUUUGUGCUUUGAAAAAAACAAAACUUCUCACUUCCUCGUUCAAACUUCUUUUCAAUUUUCUCCGUCUGUUUAUGCCCAUAUACCACUUACGUUUUAUUAAAUUCAGCCGUACCAGCACCGAAUGCUUCAUUUUGAGUUGGCGUUCUCCUACGAUGAUUUUCCUCUGUGAGUUCUGAUCCAGGACUUUCCAUAGAGAAGAAAUUACCGUACUGACGCGUAGUUGAUGUUGCCGUGACCAGCCCGUUCCUACGCUGUAGACUAACAAAACUAAUUUAGAUCUAGUGGGGGUAGUAAAUACUGAGGGGCAAAUACAUUUUUGGUGGUAGUAGUGGGGAUCAGCAAGAUGACGAAGGCAUUACAUCAAGCAAAAUCAUCACUGUAAUCGCGCCCCACAAUG